CGCGGGGCCGUCGCGGAGCUCCGCGAAGUUCCGCGGGGCCCGGGGAAGUUUGGGCUCGGCUCGGCUCGGCCCCGGCCAUGGCCUUCCGCCGGCGGGCCAAGAGCCACCCGCUCUUCAGCCAGGAGUUCCUCAUCCACAACCACGCCGACAUCGGCUUCUGCCUGGUGCUCAGCGUCCUCAUCGCCCUCAUGUUCGAGGUCACAGCCAAGACUGCCUUCCUGUUCAUCUUACCUCAGUACAACGUUAGUGUGCCUACAGCAGAUGGGGAGCUGGUCCAGUAUCACUAUGGGCUGAAGGAUCUGGUCACAAUCCUCUUCUACAUCUUCAUUGCCAUCAUCCUGCACGCAGUGGUGCAGGAAUACGCCCUGGACAAAAUCAACAGGCGUCUGCAUCUCUCCAAGGUCAAACACAGCAAGUUCAAUGAGUCAGGGCAGCUGGUUGCCUUCCACCUCACCUCUGUGAUCUGGUGCUUGUACGUCGUGGUGACGGAAGGAUACGUAUCAAACCCCCGGAGUCUGUGGGAAAACUACCCGCAUGUUUAUCUUCCGUUCCAGGUGAAGUUUUUCUACCUGUGCCAGCUGGCGUACUGGCUGCACGCCCUGCCGGAGCUCUACUUCCAAAAAGUUCGCAAGGAGGAGAUCCCCCGCCAACUGCGCUGCAUCACGCUCUACCUGGUGCACAUCGCCGGCGCCUACCUGCUCAAUUUAACCCGCUUGGGGCUGAUCCUCUUGCUGUUGCAGUACUUGGCUGAGUUCUUCUUCCACAUGGCCCGGCUGGUUUACUUCACGGAUGAGAACAACGAGAAGCUGUUUAAUGUCUGGGCUGUCGUGUUCGUGGUCACCCGGCUCUUCACCCUCACCUUGUACAUCCUGGUCAUUGGCUUCGGGCUGCCACGGGUGGAGAGCCAAGCCCUGGAUCCUGAGAGAGGGAAUUUUUUCAGCUUCCUCUUCAACAAUAUCCUUUUCAGAAUGAGUGUGCUGCUGUUGGUGUGCCUCUUCCAGGCCUCGGUGAUGUGGCGCUUCAUCCACUUCCAGCUGCGGCGCUGGAGGGAGUACUGGAACGAGCAGAGCAGUCGGAAGCGAGUCGCUGCCGCCACCACCGGCACCAAGCAGCAAACCAAGCCGCUCAAGAGGGACUCGGGUUACCAUGAAAACGGGGUGGUGAAAGCAGAGAACGGCACCUCACCUCGAACCAAGAAGCUGAAGUCGCCGUAGAAGCCAAGGGUUGUCUCCUGGGGAGGAGGGCGAGAUACCAAGACUAAGCAGCCCCUCCUCCUGGUCCUCACGGGCAGCGUCUUGAGUGGCUUGGAAACCAGUCAUCUUCCCAAGGUGUCUCUCGCUCUCCUCCCUUCCUCUCUUGCUCUCUUGAACCAUUUGCAAUAAAACCAAAAAGGUCCCUUUCCCCUGCUCCUUUCCCCUCGUAGGAACCUUUUCCAGCCCUCUUGGUUUUGCCUUCCUCUGUUUGAUGGUAAAUGAGUGUGCAAUUUUGGUUUUUUUCUUUUCUAUUUUAGUGUUUGGUUAUUUUGGUUAAUGGUUACAAAUGUGUCGUAGACGGUUCCAAACGAUCCUUUUUUCUCCCACAGCGUGUUCCUCCCCUCUCUCUUCAUGGUGCUUCCCUGAGUCCCUGAGACAGGGCCACGACAGCUUGAAGGCACCAAAUGCAUGUUAUGGGAACAGGUUCCUGGGGGAGUGUGCUGGGGCUGUGAGAUCCUGAGGCCCUGGGGCACUCUCAGGUGAGAUGGGGCCAGUGCUCAGCAGGGUGGUGAUGCUGCAAAGAGAGAGCAGGGUCUGAGGGAGGAACCUCAGCCCUGUCUUGUCUCAUGAUGGACCCCUGGUUAUGUGGGGCUUUUCUGACCCCUGGUUUUGAGCUAAUUUUGGAGAGCUGGGCAGCAGAGAGAGGAGAGAAUUUCCUUCUUCAUAUGGAAGGCCCACCUCCCAGCCUCUGCUUGCCCCAGCUCUUCUGGUACAGCUGGGUCUCUCUUGGCUGCCCCGUGGUUUUUCUGGACCUCCCAGCCCCAAGAGCUGAGCAGCUCUCCAGCUCACAGUGCCUUGUCAUGGGGCAGCACCAUCCUCAAGUCCAGGUGAAACCUCGAGUCCUGCCCCACUCUGAGCACUGGCCUGGCUCCUGUCAGCCCAGGCCCUUUGCCAGCUUGUCUUUGCCCCGUGGACCUGGUGUUCUUGUGGCUCCUGACCAUGUCCAGAUGACAAACUGGCUGCUGCAAAGGAUUUUCGCAUCAAUGGGACUGUGCCCCUCAUGCUGUCACCUCAGCUUUCCUCAUCCCUACCAUACCAGUCCAGCCGUGCCAUCGGUAGCCACCAGCUUCACUCUUUGUUUCAAAAGGAUACAGUGCUUGUAUCCACCCAAGGUGCUAUCAAAUCCAGGGUUUCUUCCAAAAAACCUAGCCCCUUCAUCCCUUUCUGAGCUGUGAACGAGAUGACAGGGAGGGAAGGGGAAGGAAGCCAGAGCUGCAAGGAGCAGCUUGUGUUUUAGGAAAAGCCUGACUUGUGACGGUAGCUGUUGGCAGAUGGAGUUGUCUCAAAUCUACCUCAGAGGCCAUCUGUUGCUGCAGACCACUUUCCCCUCUUGCUCCUGCCCGCUGCCACCUCCGUGUGCUGGCAGAAGCUUUUGUGGAAAGCCAGAUCCCACCGGCUUGAUCCCUUGCUGCUGAGGAGCAGCAUCUGCGUGGGGUUUCGUGGGUCAGUGCCAUCUCACUGAACUUCUUUGGGGUGCCACACACCGGGUGAGCAGCAGUGGCACCCUUCACCCCACACUCUCCUCCAGGGCGGUCCCUAAGCUGGGCUUUGCUGUUGGUGCCUCUUGUGCAGCGAAGUCGGGCGUAGCUUUAGUUCUGCUUUGCCGCUGCAGGAACAGGCGACUCGUGUGUUCCCUUGGCUGGGCGAGGAGAGAGGGCACAGAGCUGGGGGGAGCUGGGGUGCUCUUCCAUAGGCAGUCCAGGAUUGAUCCUUGGUGUGCCCCUUGCUCAGCCCUUCGGGCAGCUGAGCUCUGGCUCUCUCCCAGUGCAAUUUCAGAUUGAGGCUGGCGCAGGUGUUCUUUUCAUCAGUUGUGUUUUGAGGAAUGGGUGAGAGUUGAUUUUCUGCCCCUCUUUGAGUUGAGUUGGGGUUUUUCCCUGUUUCUGUGGGUGACUUUUGUCCCUUCCUUUCCCUCUCCUUGUUGGGGAUGCACUGGAGGGAGAAAAUGUUCAGGGAUACGAGGACAAUUGGUCAAAUUCCUGUUGAUCCUCCAUCCUCAUGACCUGUGAGUGUCAAACAAGAGAUAUUGGCAGGAGAGGGUUUCCCCCUUUCUCGGGGGAGCUGAGGAAGGAGGUUGGAGCAGAGCCCUUGGAGGUAUCUUGCAGUUGCUCCUCACAGCCCGUGCUGGGUCAAUAACACGCAUUUUGGCUCAGAGACAAUGGCAGUACCCGUGGGGCAGUGAGACCAGAGGGGGAAAAGAGCUUUAUGUUUAGGGAGGACGUGGAAAAGGUCUAGUGUGAGAGGUUUUUCCUUUCCCUUCCUCUUCCCCUCCCCAGCCAUCCACUGCCAUGUGCCCUCCAAGAGCGACUGCUGGCCGGGAUCUCUCCGGAGCCUCGGCCGGUCCUUUCCGCAGAGCCGGUGCCUCACAGCAGCUGAGCUGUUGACUCUGUUAACAGGCGACACGUAACAGCCCCCCAAAAAGCUGGCUGCUGAAUGAUUCCUCCUGCCUGCCUGCUUUGCUUCAGGCAGCUUUUCCACUUGCACAGUGCUGUCUCUUCGUACAGUAGCCGAUGAUGCUUUGUAUCCCAAGUGCCUUAUGUUGUAGCCUCUCUGUACUUUAGCAAUAGCUGAACACCCCCCCUCUUUAGUAUGUAUGUACAGCAUAUGCUACGUUUAUGUGGUUUUUUGUUUUCUUUUUGAUAGAGCUACCAGGAAAAGGGAUAGUUUGUUAUGGAAACAUUUCCAUGUGUUCUUUCUAUCAUUUGUUUUUUUAAACCUAUAGGCGAUGGGGGGUUUUUUUGCCCUCCCCUGUAUUUAGUACUCAGAAAUCCCCAUCCUUCUGUUAGACCCAAACCUGGCAGGUUGUUUUUUUUUUUAGGCUGAGCCUUUGUUGUGAGGCAAUAUCCACUGUCAUCCUGGAGGUUUGCAAUCCCCUCUCCAUCAGAGAGGCUGCUCCUGUCUCUGUGUUCUAGUCCAAGCACAAUCCCUCAGCUGCAAGCCCACAGUAACUGCUUCUAUGUCCAUGUCAUUUCUCAGCAGAUCGAGCCUUCUUUUCAGCCCAAAGAGCUUUUUUCUUUCCCAAAUGGAGUGUUUUCCUUACAAGCCCUUAUUGGUCAGUCUGUCCUUGACAGCUCUGUGUAUUAAAUGCCACGAGCUCACUUCCCUUGAGUGGAUGCUCUUCUCAUGCCCCAUCUUGUCAAGCCCUGUGUCAUCUGCAGAAAACACCAUAGAAUUGUUGGGUGAGGUUGGAAAACACCUCCAAAUUAAUAAAAAUCCAGCUUUUAAUCCAACACCAAGAUCCAACCCCACACAGGAGCUCUUGUCCACCACAGUGCAGAAGGUGAUGGAGACUAUCCAAAACUGCAGGUCUUUACUUCCAGUGUAACACUAUUGCUUGCACCCUUCCCAUGGGCUUGUAGUCUGUGUCCAUUAUCCAUCCUAAGGAGAUCAGGAAUUGAGUAGCCUGUGAAUUUUGGGGUGAAGCAUAGUGUUCUCCUGUCCUAGCCUAGAAGAGCUGUAAAAUACCAGCAGUAGUUCUCUCUUUCUGUCUUUAGAUAGUCAGAGAACGGGCUUGGGAAGAGGAAGGGGUGGAGGAAGAACAGAUGUAGCAUUUCACGUACAAUUUUUGAGUGACACUUACCUUAUGGGGCAUUACAGUCACGUUUUGUCUUGUUGUUGUUGUUGUUUAGGAUUCUUUCUUUCUUACUCAUCCUGUUUGGGCUAGUAGUAGACAAGUUCCAGUUCCCCUGUAGGUCCCCUUACCUUCAACUCACUCUUUUAAAAUGUAUGGUAGGCUUCCUUGUUGGAGGGAAGAGUGGCUACUCUAAGAUGUCUCUUCCUUGCCUCCAAGUGACUCUGGAAGCUUGGAGCUACCCUGCCUUUGCUGCAGUGCCUGCGGGUUCCCAGCAGCCUCAGGCUCUUGCCUUUGGUAGAUGGACCCCAAACUGUGUAAACAGUGGAUAGAAAUGAUGGGGUUUGAUUUACAGCCUUUCAGGAACAAAAGGUUGGCUUGGUAGGUUUUAUACCCAAGUGAAAUAUGUUCCUUUGGCUCGGGGCUGUGUGUGGAGUUUUGCUGGGAAGAAUGGCUGGUGGAAAAGCCAGGCAGAGGCAUGUAGUUUCUCCUCAAAAAUGUUGAACUCAAUGGAUCAAACUUCAGCAAAGGAACUCAAGGAAAAUUUCUCUACUUCCGUAUUUCCUGAUUUUUGAGUGGGUGGGGGGAAUUAACAGUCUCUGGUAUUUUAUCCUGUUCGUUUCAUUCUUUCUGUUACUUCAGUUUUUGUACGGAUUUUGUUUGUUGUUGUUUGUUGUUAAAUGACUUGUGAUAAACUCAGCAAAAGUAUUUUUCUGAAAUAAAUGAAUAAAAGGCAUAGAUU